CUAAAAUGUCUUAACAUUUUUGGGGAAAAUAUGUUAGGAAUGACUAGUCAGACAUCAAAAUAACUUAGUCUUAUGUCAUUUUACAUAGUUUCAGUUUAUUUUCUGGUUUCAAUAGAACAAGUUGAAAUCAUCGCAGAAGGAUAAAGUUCGUCAGUUUAUGAUCUUCACACAAUCUAGUGAAAAAACAGCAGUAAGUUGUCUGUCCCAAAAUGACUGGAAGUUAGAUGUUGCAACAGACAAUUUUUUCCAAAAUCCUGAACUUUAUAUACGGGAGAGUGUAAAAGGAUCACUGGACAGGAAGAAGUUAGAACAACUAUACAAUAGAUACAAAGAUCCUCAAGAUGAAAAUAAAAUUGGAAUAGAUGGUAUUCAGCAGUUCUGUGAUGACUUGGCACUCGAUCCAGCUAGCAUUAGUGUGUUAAUUAUUGCAUGGAAGUUCAGAGCAGCAACACAGUGUGAAUUCUCCAAACAGGAGUUCAUGGAUGGCAUGACAGAAUUAGGAUGUGACAGCAUAGAAAAACUAAAGGCCCAGAUACCCAAGAUGGAACAAGAAUUGAAAGAACCAGGACGAUUUAAGGAUUUUUACCAGUUUACUUUUAAUUUUGCAAAGAAUCCAGGACAAAAAGGAUUAGAUCUAGAAAUGGCUAUUGCCUACUGGAAUUUAGUGCUUAAUGGAAGAUUUAAAUUCUUAGACUUAUGGAAUAAAUUUUUGUUGGAACAUCAUAAACGAUCAAUACCAAAAGAUACUUGGAAUCUUCUUUUAGACUUCAGUACAAUGAUUGCAGAUGACAUGUCUAAUUAUGAUGAAGAAGGAGCAUGGCCUGUUCUUAUUGAUGACUUUGUGGAAUUUGCACGCCCUCAAAUUGCUGGGACAAAAAGUACAACAGUGUAGCACUAAAGGAACCUUCUAGUAUGUACAUAGUCUGUACAAUAAAUACAACGGAAAAUUGCACAGUCAAUUUCUGCUGGCUGGACUGAACUGAAGAUCAAUCCUCACCAUUCAGACUGAGGGUUGAGACAAAACUUUAAGGAUACAUCUUGGACCAUUAUCAUAUUUCAUCCUUCUAAUGGUGGUUUGGGCUUGUCUUCUAGUCUGGGCCGCUCUAAACAUUUAUAAUUCCAACAUUGUGGAUUUCAUCUUAUAUCUGUGGAUCAUCCUAGUUUAUUCUCCCAUAAGUCUUAGAAGCUUUAUGGUGAUUAUUUUGAGGUUUUCAUUCUUGCAUAAAGCACAAUGCUGUCUUCAUCAGAAAACAGUUUGGCAUAAGAAUUAAACAUGAACAUCACAAUUAUAAAAACUU